AUGGCUUUGAAGGACAGUGCUGGUUAUGUUUGGAGAAAGGCUCUUGUGCUGCUUUGUUUACUGGAUUUGUGCUCCAGUCAGAUAUCGUAUACUGUUUUAGAAGAGGCCAAGAAGGGAACCUUUGUUGGAAAUAUCGUGAAGGAUCUAAAUCUCAGUGUGCAGGAACUGGAGACGCGCGGAUUUCAGCUUUUGACGGAAUCUAAAGUUAAAUAUUUCGAGGUAAAUCUGAAAACCGGGAUUUUAUUUCUUAAUAAUAAAAUAGACAGAGAGGAGCGUUGUGAAAGUAAUCAGAAAUGCGUAAUUUAUUUUGAAGCGAUGGUCAGUAACCCUCAAAAGUUCUACAGUGUAGAAAUCCAUAUACUUGACAUUAAUGACAACUCUCCGGUGUUUCCAGAUCAAAUUUUCCAUAUGGAUAUUAGCGAAAACGUUCUUCCUGGGGAUCGGUUUCCAGUAGUCAUGGCCCACGACGUGGAUAUCGGUAGUAAUUCAGUAAAGACAUAUAAACUCAGCCAAAAUAUAUUAUUUUCGUUGGACGUCCAAAAUGAUGUGGUUGAACUGGUUCUUCAGAAAUCUUUGGACAGAGAGAAAGAAUCAUUAAUAAAGCUUUUACUUACUGCUGUAGACGGAGGGACUCCUUCUAGGUCCGGUACAAUGCAGAUUGUUAUAAAUGUACUGGAUAUAAAUGAUAACAAUCCAGUUUUCAGUGAAUCUCUGUACAAAGCCAAGGUUCAAGAAAAUUCACCUUUAGGAAGUAAAAUCCUUACAGUUUUAGCAUCAGAUGCAGACGAGGGUGUUAACGGUGAAGUAUCCUACUCCAUUGUGAGUGAUUCUGGAAAAUCAGCGUUUGAUCUUUUCUCUGUAAAUGCUCUUACUGGAGAAAUCAUUGUUAAUGGUAACAUAGAUUAUGAGAAAAAUCAUGCAGUAGAGUUAAAAAUACAAGCCCAAGACAAGGGAUCUUCUCCAAGAAGGUCUAGGUGCAAAGUAUUGAUUGAAGUUAUGGAUGUGAAUGACAAUGCACCAGAUAUAUCAAUUUCUCGACUUAUGCAGACUGUAAGAGAGGACAUUAAACCUGGCACAGAUGUGGCAUUAAUUACAGUAUCAGAUAGAGAUGGUGGCGCAAAUGGCAAAAUAGAAUGUAAAAUUAUAGGUCCAAAUCAUUUUAAACUGCAGCCAUCAUAUAAAACCGCUUACUCUCUAAUUGUAAAUGAACCGCUGGAUAGAGAGCAGAUCUCCCACUAUAAUAUCACAGUAAUUGCUAAUGAUGAGGGGAGCCCCUCCCUCUCUAGUAGUAGCAUCAUAACUGUUCAUGUUUCUGAUGUAAAUGACAACGCACCUGUAUUUUCCUCACCUAUCGUUACGAUAAGUGUGAAAGAGAAUAGUCCAGUUGGAGUGCUGUUGGCAACAAUAACAGCAACCGAUCUAGACGUCGGUGAAAAUGCUAAUGUUUUGUAUUAUUUAAUUGAUGAAGAAAAUGGAAGAUUAACAAAACUGAUAAACAUCAACUCACGCACCGGUGAAAUGUUUAGCCUACAGUUAUUUGAUUUUGAGGAAACAAAACUAAUUCGUUUGAAAGUUCAAGCAACUGACUCUGGUGACCCUCCACUGAGUAGCAACGUGACUGUGAACGUUUUUGUCCUGGAUGAGAAUGACAACACGCCAGUUUUUCUUCCACCUUAUUCUGAACCCGAAUCUGUGAUCAAUGAGAACAUUCCUUAUUCGGCUGAAGCGGGGUAUUUUGUGAACAAAAUCAGGGCUGUAGAUUCUGACUCUGGUUAUAACGCCCUUCUAUCCUACCAUUUAACUGAACCAAAAGGAACUAAUCUUUUCAGGAUCGGAACCAGUACCGGAGAGUUAAGAACCAAAAGGCGAAUGAGUGACAAUGAUUUAAAAACUCACCCACUGAUAAUUACUGUCUCGGAUAAUGGGGAACCUUCUCUGUCAACGACUAUGAGUAUUGAGGUUGUGGUUGUGGAAAACAUGGACAACAUGCAACCUUCUCUAAGAAAAGUAGCAGUAAAGGCGGAAAGCUUUUCUAAUUUGAAUUUAUAUUUGCUCAUCGCUAUUGUCUCAAUAUCAGUGAUAUUUCUACUGAGCCUCAUCUGUUUAAUAGUAGCUAAAUGCUUCAGGGCAGACAGUAAUUUCUGCAGAUCCGGUGUUCCAGUGGUCACUACACACCCUGACGGGAGCUGGUCUUACUCUAAAUCCACUCAGCAGUAUGACGUGUGUUUUAGCUCAGACACACUGAAGAGUGAUGUAGUAGUUUUCCCGUCGCCGUUUCCACCUACAGACGCAGAACUGAUCAGCAUUAAUGGAGGAGACACUUUUAACAGAACACAAACUCUUCCGAGCACUGAGAAGGUAGGACUGUUUUUAAUUUAA